CUGUAUCUCAUGGAUGCAGACGUACCUGUAACCUGUAUUUGUGGCUUUGUCUGUUUUACGACGUCCAAAUAUUUCGGGCUGUUAAUUAUGGGCACGAGUUGGCGUGACUGAUAGCCGGGCCGGAGUGGCCAGAUGGACGUGUGGAAUUUAUGACACGCCACCCUUCGAGGCGCGGGGGAAUUUAAAACGCAUUAGAAGCCAUUAAAAGCGAAUUAAUCCCGGCCAGGAGUCCUGACCUAAUAAUGCUGUCACGUCACGCAAUCGACUUUCUGAAUGAGGAUCAUCUGGAAGAGCGCUGGAAGAAAUCUGAGAAAUGAAUGGAAGAUCCAAGCCCCGCAUGAGAAACGAUUUUCGAAUCAUUUCGCCAGGGCGAUCUCCCUUACUGUCUUACUAUCUUACUGUCUUACUCCCCGGUGUCCCACGAGGGAUCCCUGCCUCGAAAUCGAAUUUUGGCCCGUCCAGUAAUUAGCCCGAGUUUUACAAGCGCAACAUGCAGCCUGCAGCAUGCAUCGGACGGAUAGAUGCCACAUGCAAGCGCCGAUUGAUCGAUCAAAGCCGCGAUACAGGGCCUAAUCAAUCAUUUUUCCAUUUUCCAUUUUAUACUUAACAUUUUCCAUUUUUCUAUUUUCUAUUUUCUAUUUUCCAUUUUCCAUUUUCCAUUUUCCGUUUCCCUUUCCAUUGCCAUUUCCAUCGGUCUGUUCUGGUUCCCAAAGUGAGAACUCACGACCGCCUGCAGUCCGUCCAUCCGUCCAUCCAUCCAUCCGCCUCUCCGGCUGACCGUCAAAGGCUAUUAACCCCGUUUCGGGGCCAAAAUGUUCCACUUGUUGCACUUGUGGCCCUGAGAAACAAGUUGGCCCCAAACAGAGUGUCGGAGUUGGUCAUCAAAGGGUCUCCGAAAGUUUCACUUCCAGGCGGGCGGAGGGGCGGCUGAGAAGGAGGAGGAGCUGCAGCCAGCCGGAGGAGCAACCACAAGAAAGGGAAUCAGAAUCAGUUAAGAGUGUUUUGAUUAAUGCCAGUUUUGACAGCUGUCCGAGCCAUCAGAUGCCACUGACGGAGCUCGGAGAACAUAGUCUGAGCUCCGAGUGGUUCUGGGGCAGCGGGAGGAGGGAGGAGGGGCGCCGACACCAACUAAAGUAAGUAAGUGUUUUGGUUCGGACCUACAUUACAUUCGGACCGGGCUGACCCCGCACUGGUUUGGCGACCCACUCAGAACGAGUUGUGCGAUUUUCGCCCAAAACGAAAGUAAGUUACGCCACAACCGGCGCAGAGCCAGCCGGAGACACCGCCGGACUGGGCCCUAUAAGACUUGGUGGCCGAGAAGAGGCCCGACCAUUUGCCAAACUCUCGUCGCACCAAAUGGACAGUCUACUGGCCACCUGGACUCUGGCGCUGGUCCAUCUGCUGGUCUGGGGAGCGGAGGGGGCCGGCUAUCUCGACGGCGAGCAGCGCCCCCUGUGGAUUCUGGAGGACGGGCUGGCCAAGCGGCAGCGACUGGAGCGGCCGGAGGAGGACUACGCCACCACCACAAGGGAGCCGGCCCAGGGGAUGCUCAGGAGGCAGGCCAGGGGUGGCAUUGCGGGCCACGAGCCGGCAGCCAUUACGUUCCUGGUGCGGCACGGGGAGGAGCCCAGGCCACUGGCACCUCCUCCUCCGGCUCGGCCUCCCUCGCUCCCGCAGCGGCGCCUCAUGAUGCCCCGCCGCCUGCAGCUGCCCCACCAGUACGUGCAGCCCCAGAAGAAGAGCCAGCCGUGGCACAAGAGCCAGCGCCGGGAGAGCCGCCGGCACCUGCCGGUCUUCGACAACGGUCCGGGCGAAAACUCCCUCCGGCCGCUCGGAGGCAGCCACUAUCCGGUCUUCGUGUACAACGGCACGCGCGGGGAGCUCAUCCUGAACACGAUGCUCAGCCGGCGGAGGUACCCCAUGCAGGAGCCGGUGCCCGGGCAGGUCCUUUACCCGCCGUCCACGCCCAUGUUCCGGCCCAAGCCGAUCGUGGAGCGCUUCCGGCUGCCGGGCCAGCGGGAGGUGAUGAACCUCACCCUGAUUCCCUUCUACGCCCACGAAGCUAUCGCGGAUCCCGGCGCCAGGCUCUCCUCCACCCAGCAGCCGCCGCCGGCUACGCCCACGCCGCUCUUCGAGACCCAGCUGCCCAGGACCCAGGAGCUGACCCAGUCCAGGCGGAGGCCCAAGAAGGCCAAGCAGUACGAGGCCUACCACUCGCCCCAGGAGGUGAUGCAGUGGCAGUCGGUGCUCCGCCGCUCCACGGGUCACAGCAGCCACCACCCCAAAAGCAACCACCGCAACUACCCCAGCGAGGAGCUGGAUCUCGAGGAAGCCAACUCCAUCUCAGCCUCGGAGUCUGGCUCGGAGGAAGCUCCGGAGGAGGAUCCGGAGGAGAAGCCGCACUGGAAUGAGCUGGAGGAGCAGGAGGCCACGGCAACCGAGAUCUCGACCCCUUCCAGCCAGGGCCCCUUCCAGAUCGUCUACCUGGACGAGAGCCUGGAGCGGCCUGUAGUCGAGGCCCCGACCAGCACCACCACCCCAGCGCCCCAGGUUCUGCCCCUGCGCCAGAGCUCCCGCUACGCCCUCAAGAAGCAGUACUACGCCUUCCCGGUCUACACCCUGGGGAAGCUGCUACAGACCCAGAGCCCCGCCAAGGCCGUGCUGGAGAAGACCGAUCGAGCGGUCGGGAACUCGGAGGAGAGGGAGCCCGGCAGCACCUGGUUCAUUCUCAACUCGAGGUACAAGGGCCCCCACUACCGAAGGCUGGACAACCAGACGAAGUACUACACCUCCAAGUACGUGGGGAACGCCUUCAGACCGCGCUGAUCGCAGGAGGAGAUCCUGGAGGAGGAGCUCUACCAACUGAGAUCUGUACCUCUCACUAUGCUGCUGCCAAAGAAAGCUACCAUCCUGCUCGAACGCAUUCCGAUUUAAACAAUAAACACAAUUUUUAACGACGAUCGUUAACGCCUUUCCAGCUCCGAUUGUCCGGAGUUCUGUAUGGGACAGUUUAGGCCUUGUUAUGGAGCCCCGAAGUGGAGCAGUUUCGGGCCCACUAUGCUGGGCCAUAAAGGGCAGCCAUAAAUUCCGGGCGACACAAAAGCGCUCGUAAAUGGGCGGCCGAGGAAUGGAACCGAGCUCAGAGAACAACACUGAGCUCUUCAUUUGGGG